UCUUAAAUUUUCAUCAAUCAGUGUCAUGUUUCAUGUUUAGUCAUGUCUACACAAGCAUGCAGUUUCCAAAGUACAUGUUGAUUCUACUUUCUACAUCUUUCCUGGAUUUUACACUGGUGCACUCAAUUUUCCAAGUGGACACCGUAACUAUCCAUGACUAUCAUUUUAGCGGUUCGCAGAUUUACGAAGUAAAUAACAAUUUUCGAGAAAAACGCGAUGUGCUAGUAUCAUCCAGGCCAGAAUUUUUAUUUGAUAUUAAUCUGUCCAAUGAUGGAAAACCCUUGACCGUGCACAUAAAGCAAAGAGACAGCGAAAUAUUAGCCGAUAAUUUUACUUGGAGUGGUAACUUGUGGAAAACUAGCAAUUUAUAUGAAGGAUAUAUCAGCAAUUAUCCAGAAACCAGUUCAGUUAACGGCUAUGUAAAGGAGGGAAACUUCUACGGCCAUAUAAUCCUUAACAAUACCAUGUAUUAUAUCGACGAAUAUAAACCCGCAUUAGGAAUGAAUGUGACUGAUGAUGUCAUUGCUGAGCGAAACGCGCUGGUUUUCAAAAGAGAUUCAGUCACUUACGGGAUUUUUCUUGCGCAGACCAAAUCAGCCAAUUUGCUAUUUAAACAACUGGUAAACCGGCAAUAUUAUGAAAACAAAUACCAAAAGUGGAAACAAAAUGGUAUGCUUUGUCCAUUGGUCGUGGUAAUCGAUAACUCCUUUUUAACUUUGGUUCAUAAAUCGAACACAGAAGCGGCCAUAUCUCAAGUGCUUUUCUCCUUGGAGGAAGCAAAUGCGAUAUUCAGAUCCACAGACUUUGAUGGAGACGGAGUACCUGAUAACAUUGGAUUUUACGUGAAAAAAAUUGAGAUCUGGUCCACUGGCGAAGCGACUUACUUUUUACCACGUUACACACCAGGCGCCAUGAGGGUGUUUGACUAUUUAACUCAAUUCAUGAAGUAUGAAGAAUUGCCAAAACACUGCCUAGGCAUAGUAUUCACCGCUCAAAAGUUCGACAAAGGCACUUUGGGGGCAAGUUACACUCCUGAUAGCACAUCUUUGCAUCCUACAGCAGGAAUUUGCGAUAAGAAAACAGCGAAUUUAGGAACCAUGAACGGUUUGGUAAUUACGGCUUCGACAUCCCGAACUCCUCUAGUCAAUCAGGUCAUCUUCGAAGUUACCAUCACUCAUGAAUUAGGGCACAGCUUUGGUGCUCUACACGACGAAAGGCCUGAAUGUUUCGGUUAUUUAAUGUCCCCGAAAUCAUUUGCUGAUUAUUACGGAAACAGAACUCAUUUGAUGUUUUCCCCAUGCAGCAAAGGACAAGUAUUAAGGACUCUGGUUAUGAAAGGAGAUUGUUUCGAGCCAGUGCAGACGACAUUUUGUGGAAACGGUAUUGUCGAGCAAGGCGAAGAUUGCGACUGCGGCUUAACCAGAGAUUGUCUUAAGAUGGACCCAUGCUGUGUGCCUCGAAGAACCAAAGAAUAUCCAUGUCAAAUUAAUAAAAAACGCGGAUUCCAAUGCCAUCCUUCGCAAGGCGAAUGUUGUACGAAUAGCUGCAAGUAUAGCACGCAUUUGGAACAUUUUGUGAACUGUAAAAAUUUUGAUCGUGGUUGUCCAUGUACGAAUUCCAACUCCAACUGCACUUGUGGCCUUAAUGGAGUUUGCAUUGGAAGCGAAUGUCACAGCAUAGAAUGUGGCCGAAUCGGACUAAAACAAUGCCAAUGCCUUCCGCACACUAUCGAAGAAAAAGUUUGCAGCGUUUGUUGCCAAUAUCAAAACUCUUGCUUACCAGCUUUAGAAGCCACCAAUCAUGUCCUGUCCUCGAUCAAGGGCCGAGAUGUUCUGAAGAGUUUGCUUAUUACCGAAACAGUGAUUUAUAAUCCGAAACAAUUCAGCUCGAAGACUUUUUGUAUGGAUCAACAGUGCGUAAAGUUGGAGUUUUUCCAGGCCAGGUUCGGUGGGUAUUGUUUGCACAAAGGAAAACUUGGAAAGUGCCAGCCGAACUCCCAAUGCGCAAUUUUGAAAGCCAAGCAAAGUUUUCCGUCGUUUCAAAGUGCCUCAACGAAUUUGCCUUCGGAUGUCAUCAGUACAAUAUGUUACUGGGUGCUUAACAGAUUUCUAACAAAUUUACUUUUUUGAGCCAAGUAUCAAUACCUACUAUAAAAAUUACUUGGACUAUGUAAUACCAAAAAAUACAUAAAGCUGAAUAAAAUCGCUUUUUCCAAAUGAA